GGUGCCAUCUUGACAUGCGUACUGGGCGCUGUUGUUCACAGUUUGUUAUGACAAGACUAGGCCUUGGAUCCAAUCGAGAGUUUCUUUUCUUCACUUGAGGCGAAGUCACGAUGGAGGGUAUGGACCUGGACGUGGACCAGGAGCUCAUGCAGAAAUUUAGCUGCAUGGGCACCACAGAUAAAGAUAUCCUGAUAUCAGAGUUCCAGAGGCUCCUCGGCUUUCAGCUUAACCCCGCCGGAUGCGCCUUCUUUCUGGAUAUGACCAACUGGAAUUUACAAGCAGCCAUUGGAGCCUAUUAUGACUUUGAGAGUCCCAAUAUCAGCGCACCAUGCAUGUCCUUAGUGAAGGAUGUGACGAUUGGUGAGGGUGAAUCAGUUCCACCUGACACACGUUUCACGAAGACCUGGAGGAUACAGAACACAGGUGCAGAGUCGUGGCCUCCAGGCGUUUGCUUGAAGUAUGUCGGAGGAGAUCAGUUUGGGCACGUCAACAUGGUAACGGUACGGUCUCUAGCCCCUCAGGAAAUGACGGAUGUGAGUGUGCCUAUGCAGAGCCCUGUCUCUCCUGGGAUGUACCAGGGCCAGUGGAGAAUGUGUACAGCCACUGGACUUUACUAUGGAGAUAUAAUUUGGGUGAUCCUGAGUGUGGAGGUCGGGGGCCUCCUUGGUGUCACACAGCAGCUUUCGUCUUUCCAGGCAGAGUUUAACACCCAGCCUCACCGCAAUCUGGAGGGAAACUACAACCCCUUUGCCUCACCAGAGAGAAACAAGUGGCCCAACAGCAACACCAGCCUCCACCAUGACAGUGGUCAUAAAGUCUCAGAGGAACACUGGCAAGGAAGCCCGGACCAGCAGCAGCAAGAUCAGAAUGGACUUUCACACAACUCUGUGGACAUAGUAGCAAACAGCCUACAAAGCAAUCUGUCAAUAGUCUCUUAUAACCAGGGUUUACAGGAGCCCUCCCCUUUUGGGCACUCUUAAUCCUGGGACUUGUUUUAGAGAAGCUGCAGUAAUAAGCACUCUGGAGCCGACCACAUCAAUAAGAGAAGGAAGAGGCUUUAUCAGGAGAGUCUGGAAUCACUUUAUGCAAAGCAGCUCUACUCGCAGAGGCAGCAGCAGAGGCUUCAGAUGUUGGCUCAGCCAACAUCCCACGGCCGUUGUGUGCACGUGUGAAUGCUAAGUUAAAAAUUAGUGCUAUGAGUCUUUUGAGUGAUUUUUUUUUUUUUUUUUUUACUGUUUUUAGUUGUCAAGAGUGCAGAGGUGUGUGUAUUCAAGAACUUGUAUGUGUGUAUACAUGUGAGUGCGUGCAAGCUGAAAGAAACUUUGGAGGAAAAGCCAUUUAUUUUGCCAAUGUAUUCUCCAGUUUCUGCUCUGAUUUCCCCAAUUCACCAAUUGAUUGGGGUUCUGGACAAGUUCCCUUUAAGAAAGUUGAAUAGUGUGGAAAAAUACAUGUCCUAUUUUUUUAUAAUACACAGCUUAUAAGAGAAAUAGUAUCUUACAGAAAAUAUGCGUAACUAAAGUCAGGUUGUACACUUUUCAUUCUCAACCAUGAUUCACUCAUAUCAGUAAUAUUCACCGACAUAAUACACUUAAAAUAAAGUGCACUACAAUUGUCAUCCACUGGAGGGUAUCACCUUCACUCACAUACAGUGUUUAUUGAGUUGUUCACUUCAACUCAUUCUCUGCCACGUUGGCUACAUUAUUGUACAGUAAUUCGAUAUUCUAGUCUUUUAUGAUUCCUCAUGCUUUUCAUUACAUUUACAUUUCAGAAACCCUAAACUGGAAGAAAAAACAUGAAUAUGAACAACGCUGUUUUGGAGUACAGUAUAUACUUCAAUUAGAUGUCAUAGGAAUAUUAAUACAGUAUACUAAAAUGCACUAUUAAAGGUUAAGAGAGCAAAUAUUUCUGAAAUUAAAACUACAGCUUUUAUAUCCAAUGGCAAGUAUAUUUUCUUUACAAUUUAUGCUGUUUAAAAGUCAACACUAUCCCAGUCGUGUCUGUCGAAUCAUCAGCAGUUUUGUGAUUUAUCAUGCUGGACCUAUUUUAAUUCAUGCUGUUGGAGCCAAAAUUGCAAUAUGGCAACUGAUUCACGCUGUACCGCAGAACCUCAGUUGAGUUAUUACGAGAUGCUACAAAGAAAUGUAAAAAUCGAAUUAGAUGUCAUGUCCAUUUCAUCUUAAAGCAGUUUCACACCAUCUUUUAUUUUAAUUUGAAUGUAAUUGAUGAAUGUAAAGGAGGAAAAAAAAAAUUCCCAAAGACUGCAUUGUAUUUGUGUUGUCUACUAUUCUGCGUCUUCAGUUUUUCUUUGGUCAAAUGCAAACCUCACCAAUCCUGUAAUAUUGCUUGAGGACUAGCGCAUUAGUGUCCUCAUUUUAUGUUACUGCAUAUAUAGUAGCACUGGCUGAUCUAUGCACUAAAUAAUAUGGCCUCCAAGGUGUGUGUGUGUGUAUGCACAUGUUCUUUCCUCCCACAGUUGAGUCCCAAAGGGCUAAUUGACUGAGUGAGUCUGUCAGUCAUAGCCAGCUUAGAGUACCUUGACAGGUAAAUAUCAACGCAGCUGUAACCAAGUCCUGAGGGAGGGUGAAGUUUGACAAUACCAGCUAACACAUUCACAAUGAAAACAAAAAAAACUCCUAAAAGGUCAGAGAGCACAGCUAGUACACACUAGACUCAAUGGUGACAGUGUGUUAAUCUCAGAAUGUUUCCUAUGGUCAGAUUGCAGAAUGAAUCAUACAGCAUGUUUGGGAGUGAGGGAGUGCUAACUAUUGAAAGCUUUUCUCUUGUAUGUUUGACGAAUGUUUGUAUGAAUAAAUUGUAUGAA